AAGGGUUUUUUAUAACAAGGUUCAUGUAAGUUUAUAGCAGUUCAUAUGCAAACAGCUUCCCUGUACAGCUAGUACAUUGCAAAGAGCAUUAAGCCUGCAAUCAAAUAUCUAAAAUGUGGAGCACACUUAAGUCUGGGAUGUGUGUUAGGGUACAUUAAGAAACGCUGCUUUUACUAAGUUCUUGGCAUGAUUAUAAGAGAUUUACCACAGCCAAGGAUGGGGCAAGCUGAAUAGCUCACAGAGGGGACUCAGACAUUUUGGAUCCUGACUCCUUUAACUUUGUUUACACAGUUGACUCCGUUCAUUCUCUGAAACAAGUCACUUCCCCUGUGCUGGCUGAUAAGAGUUUAGCAGCUUGUUGAGGUGGUGUCAGAGUCAUUCCCAGCCACACCACUGGCCCCUGUGCACCACUUGCACUGGAAGCUGUUUGGAAAAGAAGAAAUAGAGAUCUGAGACGGGAAAUCAUGCAUCAUCCUCCUGGCUGGAAACCAUUGAAGACUAUAAGAUGCUUUCAUCAUGUGGAUUCACCAGAGAAAUGACCUUCCUAGAUCAGCCAGGCCAAAUCAUAAACUGGUUUGUUUGCUCGCUGUGCACCCCACGGGUGCUGAGGCUCUGCAGUGGCAGGCGUCCCAGGACCAGGAGGAAUCUGCUGCUGGGUGUAGCCUGUGUGCUAUACCUGGGGUUUCUUGUCAGUCAAGUGGGUCACAUUUUACCCCAGCACAGAGGGGGACGCCAGAAGGUCAGUUCCAGGAGUCUUCAAGAUGCUGAUCAGACACCUUUUCUGGGGAUCCCACUGGAUGGCACUUUGUUUGCACCUGAUCUCCAAGGGCCCCAGAUGGCUGGCAAUGGGACCUCAGCGCCACCCAAUGUGGUGUACAUCACACUGCGGUCCAAGCGCAGUAAACCCACCAACAUCCGAGGCAGCGUGAAACCCAAGCUCAGGAAGAAGCAUGCAUUCCCUUUGCCCUAUAGGCAGCGCUUUCCAGCAGGUGUCACUGGGCAGGAGGAGGCCUUGUCCCAGCAGCAGGGGCGGACUAGCUACUCCAUGGGAAUAAUGAGGGCAGCAGUAGUUCCAGAGACACCAAGGCACCAACUGAAGAAGCACUGGGAUGGAGAGAGGGAGGCAGCGGGCAGGGGACACCAAAGACAUAUUGGGGUUUCAGGAGGUGUAAAUGUGCAGCCCCAGGCUCGGGAGAGUAAUAUCAGGAUAUACAGUGAGAAGUCCCCCUCGUGGCUGAGCAAAGAUGACAUCCUAAGCAUGCGUUUGCUGGCAGAUUCCCAGAUAGGCAGUAUCCAAGAGGCACCCUCUCAGCAUGGAGUCCUAUUGGUGUUCAAAAGGAAUCCCAGUGCCACAGGAGCAGCUUGCAAUCAAGGGUACUGUGGCCUCAUCAAGAGACCCCUUGAUAUGAGUGAGGUGUUUGCCUUCCAUUUAGACAGGAUCCUGGGGCUGAAGAAGACCUUACCUUCUGUAAGCAGGAAAUCGGAGUUCAUCCAAGAUGGUCUGCCAUGUCCUGUUAUUCUCUGGGAUUCCUCUUUGGCUUCGACAAAUAAUAGGACCCAUUCUUCAGUGAGGCUAAAUUGGGGGGCCUAUCAGCAGCUAUUGAAACAGAAGUGCUGGCAGAAUGGCAAAGUGCCCAAAGCUGAGUGGGGCUGUACUGAGAUCCAUCACUAUGAGUGGUCCAAGAUGGCACUCUUUGAUUUUCUUCUGCAGAUCUACAAUCGACUGGACAGAAAUUGCUGUGGGUUCAAACCUCGCAAGGAGGAUUCCUGUGUCCAGAAAGGACUGAAGCUGAAAUGCGAAGAUCAAGAUUCUGUUGACUUGACACACAUUAUUCAGAGAAGGCAUGACCCUAGGCAUUUGGUCUUUAUAGAUAAUAAAGGUUUCUUUGACAGAAGCGAAGACAAUCUGGAUUUCAAAAUAUUACAAGGAAUCAAAGAGUUCCCUGAAUCUGCAGUUUCAGUGCUGAAAAGUCAGCGCUUGCGAGAGAAGCUUCUUCAAUCUCUAUUCCUUGACAAAGUAUAUUGGGAGAGCCAAGGAGGUCGCCGAGGAAUUGAAAAACUUAUUGAUGUGGUAGAAAGGCGUGCCAAAAUUCUUCUCACCUAUAUAAAUGCCCAUGGAGUCAAAGUAUCACCCAUGAGUGAAUGAAAGUCUUUUUUCCCGUAACUCUAAGAAUUGCAGUUAUAUAAGGCAAGAACUGAUGGCAAAAUUGCUUUUUCUUUUAAAAUUCAUCUAAUUUCCAAAACAUAACAGUAGCCAGGUAAGCUUGGGUUUGUUUAGACAUUUGAAAUAAAAGUUAUAUAGUAUAAAAGUGCCCAUUCUCCAACUUUCUCUAAAAUCAUUCUUAAAUGCAUUUAUUGCUGUGUUCUUCUAACAAAGAUGUCUAAGCAGUGUAAUAAACAAUGCAAUAAUUUAAUACAAAUAUUGGAUUCUCAAUCUUCUAAACUUUCUUUUAUUCUCUCAGUUAAGGCCAGAUCUGUCUCCAUUGUAUUCUUUUACCAGGUAUUUCAUGAUUAAGAGUGGGAUUUUCAGAAGCACUCAGCCUUGGACAGCUGUUCUUACCGAAGUCAAUGGAAGUUGUAACAUUGAUUUAAAUGGGAGCAAACAUAAUUCUGACAGAGAAGGGGAAUGAAUGUUAAAAUUAGAACAGAAAAUUUGUUUCUAGUAUUCUCUUAGCUCUAAAUGUAGCCUCUGGUGUUCCAUUAAGAAAGUCCACUGUUCUUCAAGAAGAGACUUUGUCGUUAGAGAUAGGACGAUCAUAAAACAUCAAUGGUGCAUAUCCUCAGCUGGUUUAAAUUGUUGUAACUGUGCUGACUUCAAAAAGCUGUGACAACUCACACCAGCUGAAGAUCUGUCAGAAAUAUUUCUGAAUAGAGAGGUAUUGGGAAAUUGAGACAUUAGCCACUAUUCAUCUUGAAUAAGACUUUUCCUAGGUCUUAAUGUACUUCCAGAAAUAAAACAUAAAUCAGUGUUGAAUACCAUAAAAAUAUAGCUGCCUCCUAGUACUCAAUAGACAUUCAAGACAUUUUUUUGAAGGUAGUGGUCAUGUUACAUGUUUCUAUGCAUACCUAUCUCUGACAAUGUAUGUACAAUAGUAUUUUUCCACUGUGAGAAAUUUAAAUACAGUUGUACAGUUUUUUUAAUUAAAAAUUUUAAAUGAGUUGAA